AUCUCUCCUUCCUUGUUUUCCUGCUGCUGCUGGACGGAGGCAUGUUCUCACCGUCCUCCCCGCCCACCGGGCUGCUAGAGAAGGUCUUCCAAUACAUUGAUCUCCAUCAGGAUGAAUUUGUACAGACGCUGAAGGAGUGGGUGGCGGUCGAGAGCGACUCGGUUCAGCCCGUGCUGCGCCUCCGACGAGAGCUGCUCAGAAUGACGGGCCUGGCUGCAGACCGGCUCCGGCUCCUGGGAGCCUGCGUGGACUCGGUGGACGCGGGUUUUCAGCAGCUGCCUGAUGGUCAGAGCCUCCCGAUACCUCCCAUCAUCCUGGCCGCACUGGGGGAUGAUCCCAAGAAGCCCACCGUGUGCUUCUACGGCCACUUAGACGUGCAGCCUGCCAGACAGGAGGAUGGGUGGGUCACGGACCCUCACACGCUGACGGAGGUGGAUGGAAAACUGUACGGCCGAGGAACGACAGACAACAAAGGCCCUGUUUUAGCAUGGAUCAACGCUGUGAGCACAUUCAGAGCCCUGGACGAGGAUCUGCCCGUGAACGUCAAAUUUGUCAUCGAGGGGAUGGAGGAGGCUGGUUCUCCUGCCCUGGAGGAACUUGUCCAGAAAGAGAAGGCCGGGUUCUUCUCAAGCGUAGACUACAUCGUGAUUUCAGACAAUCUGUGGAUCAGCCGGAGGACGCCCGCGCUCACGUGUGGGACGCGAGGCAACAGCUGCUUCAUGGUGGAGGUGAAGUGCAGAGAUCAGGAUUUCCACUCGGGGACCUUUGGUGGGAUCCUUAACGAACCUAUGGCGGAUCUGGUCGCUCUUCUUGGCAGCCUGGUGGACUCUUCUGGCCGAAUUCUGAUCCCUGGAAUCUAUGACCAUGUGGCUCCUGUUACAGAGGAGGAGAAGAGAACAUACGAAGCCAUCGAUCUGGACCUCGAGGAGUACCGGAAGAGCAGCCAGGUUAAGAAGUUUCUGUUUGACACCAAGGAGGAACUUCUAAUGCACUUGUGGAGAUACCCAUCUCUUUCUAUUCAUGGGAUUGAGGGUGCGUUUCAUGAGCCUGGAACCAAGACAGUCAUCCCUGGCCGAGUGAUAGGAAAAUUUUCAAUCCGUCUAGUCCCUCACAUGAACUUGUCUGUGGUGGAGAAGCAGGUGAAGCAGCAUCUUGACUAUAUAUUUUCCAAAAGAAAUAGCUCCAACCAGAUGACUGUAUCUAUGAUGCUAGGACUACACCCGUGGACUGCAAAUAUUAGAGAUAAUCAGUACCUUGCGGCAAAAAGAGCCAUCAAAACAGUGUUUGGGACGGAGCCAGACAUGAUCCGAGAUGGAUCAACCAUACCCAUUGCCAAAAUAUUCCAGGAUACCAUCCAGAAGAGUGUGAUGAUGCUCCCGCUGGGCACCGUGGAUGAUGGAGAGCACUCGCAGAAUGAGAAAAUCAACAGGUGGAAUUACAUAGAGGGAUCCAAAUUAUUUGCUGCCUUUUUCCUGGAGAUGGCUAAGCUGCAUUAAUCAUGGCAGAAACCUUCCAGCCUAGGUCUGACCUACUGACAGAUCCCCUUUCACACAACCCUGGGCAGGAACAAAAUCUAACCAUCCAGAGGAAUUUGGUCCCCAAAAUAAUGUUUUCCCUUGGACAUUUGGACCAGUAAUAAAAUAUUUCCAAGGCGCAGACAUCGGACGUGGUUUCGUGUCACCGUGCACACCUUUCUGAAGCCACAGCCACCUUCAACAACCUGAUUUCCCCGAGUCCUGCUGCGGCUGCCCCAGGCCUGGACUCACGGUACCCUUCAGGAUGAGGACAAGUCUCUGAUGAGUCUCCGCUUGCAAUUUGAUUGGCGUAAUCACUGCAGUUUGCGUUCUAGGCCUCUAAGUGCUUGACACACAGUCAUCCCAGCCAGUGACUGUCCAUCCUACAUCACCCUUGCUUUUACCACUUGUGCCGUUUAUCUUAUUGACAAACAUGUUGGUCUCCAGCACUGCCUACUGUAAUUUCCCUGUGGGCUCAUUUUUAGAGGCGUUACUAAAGCAUGAUACCGCAUUAACCUCUUGCUUCCCCUUCAUUUAUUUUUCUUGCUUCUUCAAAAGUGUUGAAAUGGAAAUGAUCAAUAUUCAUAUCCUUAUGCCAUCUGGGAUUCCUUGUGUGAAAAUGAGUACUUUUUAAGUUCCAAGCCUCUUUACCUUUGCUGCAAUUGAUGCCAACCAACCGCCCCUCCUGCAGCCUCUUCUUUCUUCCUGACCCGUCAGUAAAGGCCUGCUCGCUCUCCAACAUCUGUGCACAUGUCAGUUCGCCACAGCAGAAUUAAUCCUGAUAGAAUCUCUCUCACCCUGCUGGAAUUGUACUCAGUGACUACAUCUAAUAAAUUGCUCAAAGCUUUUAAUAGCAUCGGUUUUAGAUAGAGAGCUAAUCAACCCUGACAUCAGUAACACAUUCUAAAUUUAAAGCCAUC